AACCAUAUUCAGGUACGAGGUCUACACCCCGCCCGAUGUGAAGGUGGGCGUUCCAGCGCCGAACGGCAGCUGGACGGGCAUGAUUGGCGUCAUUCAACGCGGCGAAGUCGACUUCUCGCUCGCGAUCACCAUCAACCCCGGAAGGCUUCCUUUCAUGGACCUCGCCAGGAUGUGCGAAUCUGAUCCCAUUAUCAUCACGUCCUUGAGGCCUCAGUUUCUACCUCGGUACCUCGUUAUCACUCGGCCCUUCACAGUAAAUGUGUGGAUAUAUCUAGUCUUGAGCGUCAUGGUAUGGGGAACCUCUCUCUGGCUACUUGAAAAGAUGAGAUCGGGAUUAACGGGAGAGAAGAGCAUGACGCUCAACAGAUCCAUAUUUUAUAGCUGGGCUGUUGUUCUGGAGGACCCACCACCAAAGCCACCAAGACACAUCACAGGGCAGAUGUUAUUAGGUUGGUGGCUGGCAGCGUCGCUGGUGAUCAGUGCUGGCUUCAGGUCGUCUCUAGUAGCCAAUUUAUCUGUUCAGAGCAAGACCAAGCCCAUCGACAGCUAUGAAGAUUUGCUAAGCCAAAGCAACUGGCACUGGGGCAUCCACGACACGAUUAGUGGCGGACAACCCAAUAUACGUACCAAUGACCAAGAUCCCAUACUUAGGAAAAUCUAUGAGAAGUCGGAGUCCAAAAGCAUAGAGGAAGGCCUGGAGAAAGUGCUUGAGGGAAGGUACUCUUUCCUUAUCACAAGAACUCGGGUAAGAACGGACAUUGCUUCCAAGUACACAGAUAAAUUUGGGCGCACAUACAUCUACAUCAGCAAACAAUUUUACAAGAUUCUCAGUGAUUUUGGAUGGGGUUUUAGGAAAGGAGCGCCCUACUACAAUCUUUUCGUCAGCACCUUCCUCCGCUUGAUUGAAGCCGGAAUAAUGGACCACUGGAUCGAGGACUCCAUCGCCGCCCGAAUUAGAGAGAUACGGAGAGAAAGGAAAGAAGCCCAAAUAGAUGACGUCACACCAAGCAUAGAUCUGAGCAACAUGUUUGAUGCCGAUGAAUUGAUUCUCAGGACUAGACACAUGAUUGGAAUUUAUCUCGUGACGCUUUUCGGAUUCCUCAUUGCUGUGCUGACUUUCUUUGCUGAACAAAUCAUCCACCGCUAUUACACUCAGUAAAAUCCAAAC